AUGGCAACUAGAUUUAAGAAACACAGAAAGAAGAGAGGACAUGUAUCAGCUGGUCAUGGUCGUGUGGGAAAGCACAGAAAACAUCCAGGUGGAAGAGGAAAAGCAGGGGGUAUGCAUCACAUGAGAAUAAAUUUCGACAAAUAUCACCCAGGGUACUUUGGAAAGGUCGGUAUGAGGCAUUUCAAUUUAUUGAAAAACCGUAAAUUUUGUCCAACAAUAAACAUCGAUAGAUUGUGGGGUUUGUUACCAGAAAAAAAAAAAAAAGAAUUUAGUGAGAAUAAAAAUAUUGUUCCUGUUAUUGAUGUGACAAGGAAAGGAUACUUUAAAGUGUUAGGAAAUGGGGCGUUAAGAUGUGGUCAGCCCAUUGUAGUAAAAGCAAGAUACUUUUCUAAAAGGGCAGAGAAGAAAAUUAAAGCAGUAGGAGGUCAGUGUAUGUUAGUUGCAUGA